AUGAAACAUAGAAAACUUGAGUCGCCAGAAGUCCUUCGAUUCUUAGAUCUCCAAGCUGAAGUAUCAGAGGCUGAGACCGACGAUCAGAAUGACGGUGACGAAGACGAUCUUAUCGACGACGAUGAAGACAUUGACGAGUCGUUUUCGGGAGAUGCGCACCAAAACCUUCUCCGCGAAGCGUUGAUGCCGUCUGAUGACGACGCUUUUUGGGAAAGCUUUCUCGAGCGCAUCACAUCUCAUCAACAUAUUGCGGAAGAAAACGCCCAAGAUAUUGGAAAGGCGUCAUUAUGGGCAGUGCUUGUCAAGCCUGGUUUUGAGGAGUAG